GCCUGAUUCGUCUAUGAAGUUGAAGGUACAGGACAAGCGGGAUAAGGAAAAAAUUGUUGAUACUCAAAACACUGUUGAGUUCACUAUGGAAAGGACGCCGCUUGUUUCACAUAGUGUAAUGAAGCAUUUGAGUGAGUCAUGCAAACGACUCGCUAAUAUUCUUACUGAUCUGCCCCCUGGUGUGGAAUCCAUAUCUUUUCAAUUAGAUGCUGAGGUAUUCGGAUACAAGGAAAAUUUUUCUAGCUAUAUCUCAAAGGAGGAUGUUGUCCAACUUCUCAGUGGGGCUUGGUUAAAUAUAUCAACCAUACAAAUAUUUAUCAGGUCAGAUAUCUUAAACUUCUUUAUUAAAUUUUAA